CGCGUUGCGGGCGGCGGCGGCGCGUCCCCCCGGCGCGGAGCGGAGCGGAGCGGGCGGUGGCGGUGCGGGGCUGCGGCACCAGCGGCUCCUCUGCGGGGCCGCGCCGGUCUCGGCCACCCCCCGGACUCCCCUCCGGCUCUGCCCGUCCCUCCGCUCCCCGCCCCCCGUUUUGGUUUUGGGUUUUUUUUCCGUCCCCCCCCCCCCCCCCCCCCAACUCCGUUUCUCUCAGCAACGCCCCCGCCGCCCCCCAGAAGCAAGAUGGUGCAGAAGAAAUCAGAGAUCCCGGGUUUCCACCGCUCCUUCAAGGGACAAAACCCCUUUGAUCUGGAGUUUGAUCAGUCCAACCACCUGGAGCCCGUCUUCAACUUCGAGUGCCCGGCCCGGCCCGAGAUGCCUUCGAGUCAACCCAUCGACAUCCCCGACGCCAAGAAAAGGAACAAGAAGAAGAAGCGCUGCAGAGCCACCGACAGCUUCUCGGGCAGGUUCGAAGAUGUUUACCAGCUGCAGGAGGAGGUGCUGGGGGAAGGGGCCCACGCCAGGGUCCAGUCCUGCGUGAACCUCAUCACCAACAAGGAGUACGCGGUGAAGAUCAUCGAGAAGCGCCUGGGACACAUCCGCAGCAGAGUGUUCCGCGAGGUGGAGAUGCUGUACCAGUGCCAGGGACACAGAAACGUCCUGGAGCUGAUUGAGUUCUUCGAGGAGGAGGAGAGGUUUUACCUGGUGUUUGAGAAGAUGAGAGGAGGCUCCAUCCUGACCCACAUCCACCGCAGACGCCACUUCAACGAGCUGGAGGCCAGCGUGGUGGUGCGGGACAUCGCCAGCGCCCUGCACUUCCUGCACAACAAAGGAAUCGCUCACAGGGAUCUAAAACCAGAAAACAUUCUGUGUGAGAGCCCAGACCAGGUGUCCCCAGUGAAGAUCUGUGACUUUGACCUGGGAAGUGGCAUCAAACUCAACGGCGACUGUUCCCCCAUCUCCACCCCGGAGCUGCUCACCCCUUGUGGCUCUGCCGAGUACAUGGCCCCAGAGGUGGUGGAGGCCUUCAACGAGGAGGCGUCGAUGUACGACAAGCGCUGUGACCUGUGGAGCCUGGGAGUCAUCCUGUACAUCAUGCUCAGCGGGUACCCGCCCUUCGUGGGCCACUGCGGCUCGGACUGCGGCUGGGACCGCGGCGAGGCCUGUCCCACCUGCCAGAACAUGCUCUUCGAGAGCAUCCAGGAGGGGAAGUACGAGUUUCCCGACAAGGACUGGGCACACAUCUCCUUUGGAGCCAAAGACCUCAUUUCCAAGCUGCUGGUGAGAGAUGCCAAGAAGCGGCUCAGCGCAGCCCAGGUCCUGGAGCACCCCUGGGUGCAGGGGUGUGCCCCAGAUAACACCCUGCCGACCCCCAUCAUCCUGCAGAGGAACAGCAGUGCCAAAGAGCUCACGUCCUUCGCCGCCGAGGCCAUCGCCGUCAACCGGCAGCUGACGCGGCGCGACGAGGACGAGGAGGAGGAGUUGGAGGAGGAAGCACGACCCAUUAUCAUCAAAGCUACCUCACGGGCCAUGCAGCUCUCCCCACCUUCCGAGUCCAAGCUGGCCAAGCGGCGGCAGAGGAGCAGCCUGGCCAAGGCCGUGGCCGCCGGGCAGCAUCUGGUGGCCCCGCUGGUCCUGGUGGCCGACCAAGCCUGAGCUGUGCCCCUCAGACCUGCUGUAGCCCGUGUUCCCCCUCCUCCUCCUUCCUCCCUUCCUUCCUUCCUUCCUUUCUUCCCCCCCCACCCCAAAACUCCACCAUUUCUGCGUAGUGACAAGAUCAGGACUCGUCCCUGUGGCUGGUUUCCAAGGUUUUGCUGAUCUUGUAGCUCUGGGGGUGGGAGGGGGGAAGGUUUUACUUGGUUUUUAAGGUGUUCAGUGGAGCAGGAGGUGGCUUCGCCCCGGGACACUCAAGGACACGUGACAGACACAGACUUUUGUUUCCCAGCUCUUGGCUUCUCCUCUGACAUUUCCCCCCCAGGCCCCUGGCACCAAAGGGCUCUUUGUGCCUGCGCUGCUGAGGGUUUCAGCUCAUUUCAUACUGUGAACAAAAGACCUUCGGGUCGCUUUCAGCAGGGGGAGCCGCGUUUUCACCUCACCCCCCACCCCCGGGAGCUGCAGGUCGUUCUCUGAUGGGGGGGGAGGCCCCACAAAUCCCCCCCUCCCGGGGGUCGAGGGUGGGGGCACCUCUGUCCUGUGUUUGGGGCUGGGGAGAGACGGUGCCAGCCAGGGAGCAGUGCCCCAUCCCACCAGCCACCCUCUCUCCUGGCAGCCUGCUUUCAGAAUAAGCUAUUCACCCCCUUUCUCCUUUUCUUUCCCACCUUUUUUUUAAUGACUGUUGGUUUUAAACUGCUGGCUGUGCUUCUCUGCAGGGCACUGACGUGUCUUCCUGCCCUCGCGCUGCGGCCGCCGGCUCCCGGGGUAAGCUCAGAGCUGGGGGAUGCACAGGCAGCGGGGCCGGGCUCCUGGUUCUGGCGUGGGGGGCUCACUGCUGGCUGAGCCUUUGUGGAGGUGUAAAGGGGAAUGAGGUGUCCAGGGCAGCUGGAGCAGGUAGAAAGUGUCCCUGUGGGAACAGCGAGGUGCUGUAUGGUCAGCAAAGGGCCCCUUGAGCAGUGUCGGGAGCUGCUGUGGGCGGUGGGACCCGGCCCGGCGCCGGGGUCUGGGGGCACAGAGGCACCGAGUGCCCCGGGGAGCAGCCUGGGGAGUGCUCAGGCUGGGGGAGCAGAGGGGCUGGGGGCUGCAGAGCUGGGCAGGGCUGUCCCUGCGUGCUGCCACGUGUGUGCACGGCAUCCCCCGCGCCUCGGGGAGGGAGGAACAGCGGCAGGGCCAGGGGAUGCUGAUGGGGACCCGUCCCGAGGGGUGAGCGGUGCCUGGAGUCAGGCUGGCCUCUGGCUCCCCCAGACCCCGCUGCCAGGGCAGCGCAUCCACCCCCUGCCCCGGCUCCUGCCCCCCGAGCUGUGCCGCUGCCGUCCCCGCUGCCCCUCGCAGGGAUCUCCCCUCCCAGCCCUGUGCUUUGAGCUUUAUCCGUUGAAGCGGCCGCCGCGGCCCGCUGUGCACACAGCUGAAGGCUCGGGGAGAUUUGCUCUGAGCUGGGGGAGUCGCUUCCCUGGGUCUUCACCUGAAGACAGUCCUUGUCUCUGGGGUGGGGGAAAAAAAGAGUUCUCCUUUUUGUUUUGAGACUGCUGACAGCAAUACUAUGCAAUAUGUGUUGGGUUUUGUUUCAGGGAGGUGUGUGUGAGUUCUCUGGGAGUUCAUGAUCUCGGGUGUUGACGGAGUUUGGGGCAGGGACAAUCUUUUCUCACCCUUCUUGGCCCAUCCAUGGGUCAGGGUGUGGGUCUCCCCCCUCCAAAACUGCCUCCACUCGUGGUCUGCCCUCUCCCCCCGGGCAGACCCUCCCCCCUCAGGCAGAGGCCUCCUCUAAAGGAAAGCAAGAAAAAACAAAUCUCCAUCGUGAUUGUACAUUGUUCCCUUCUCCAGUGGGUUUUGUUUUAUCACUUGUAGAUAAUUCCUCGUUGUCUUAUAUUAAGAAAUACUUGAAUGCUGUGCAGAGCAGUGCCUGGGGCUGCUGUGAGAGCUGCUGCUGUGAGAGCUGCCCCGCAGCCCCUCAGAACAAAGGGAGGAGUGGGAGGAGGAUGCUGGUGGGGACGGCUCUGGAGGUUGGUCCCCCCCCCUCUCUGUGCUUUGCUUGGCAAACUGAGCUUUCCCCCCUGUUCCAGGGGCCAGACGCUCCCGUGUGCGUGGGCUGGGACCCGUGGGCACGUGGGCACGUGUUGUGUGGGUGCCCUGGUCGGGUGCUGGGCGUGUUGGUGCCCCAGCAGCCUCAGCCCAGGCUCAGCCUGGUGUCUGGCCUCGGGGUGUCAGCUUGGCCGCAGAGCCGGGCGCUCCUGCUUGCAGCACGUUGGGAGCAGGGCCCCGAGGCCCAGCAGCUCUGCCGUGAGGGUCUGUGUGUUCAGAGGGGAUCUGGAACUGCCCCUGAGCUGGGGGAUGGCUGAAACGCCUCCAGCCCUGCCCCUGGGUCGGGGCCCUGCGGUGCCGGGGCCGGUGCUUCCCGGACAGAUGCUCCCUGACCCAGCUGUAACUCCCCUCACCCUCUCCUUCCUCUUUCAAAGCCUUUCUUCCCCCCGUAGAGCAUCUGUCUUGGAAACCAACUUCAAAAAAAAAGAUGUUUUGGGUUUGUUGUUGUUUUUUUUUAGCUGGAAGUUUUAAGUGUGUUGGCUUCCCCCUGCCCCCGCCAGCCCUGCCCCUCAGCGCCGCUUUACCAACCCACAGCCCUUUACUGUGAAGCUACAACUCUCUUGUUUUGGUUUUUGUUUUUUGUUUUAAAUCAAAAGAGAGGGAGAAACGUUUUUCUCUCCCCUUUACAAUGGAUGAAGACUGCCAAAGCUGGUGGGCCAGGAGUCACGCUGAGGCACUGGUGGUGGCUGGUGGCAGGGCAGCCCCUGCCCCGGGAGCUGCUGCACGAGCAAAAAGCUGAACAGAGCAAAAAGCCCUUCACCAGGGGGAAAAAGGAAAAGAAAAAACCACCCCACAAAAACAAGCACUUUACUGUAUGUACCAGGUGACACUGAUACAGCUCAACUGAAGUUUUCCUUUAUAACAAUUGUUGAUGCCAGAAUUUUGUAUUCUGUUUUGUAAGAAUUUAAUAAAAACGCAUUGAGAGCUG